AUGAUGGAGUGUCGCUACAUUGCAACACCUAUGGAGCAAAACACUCAAGUGGAUGAAAAUCAACCAGUCUUAGAAAAUCAAUGUAAGAAAAGAAAAAAAAAAUAUGAAGAUUCUGUUAAAUCGGGAGCAUCCGCAGAUGAAGUUUAUCACCCUAAGUUGUGGUACUACGACUUAUUUGUCUUUCUUGGUAACCAAGAAACGUCAAGAAAUUCCACAUCGAACUUGAAUGCAGAUGAGGAGACUUUAUCUGAGGUUGAGUCAGUACAAGAAAACGUUGACUCGAAAUGUCCAUCUCAAGCACAACCUACAACAGACGGUACCGAAUCGCUAACGCAAAAUGAGAAGGUUGCGUGUUCUUCAAAGAGUGGCACAGUGACUACUUCUCGAUCAAGGCCAGGAAAAAACAACUACGAUUCUUUAAUCAAGGAUGUUUUGACCACUGUGCAAGAACAUUCUAAGCGUCCACGUACAGAGGAAGACUGUUUUGCUGUUUUUGGGAAAAGUGUUGCUAUGAAACUAAGAGAAGUGGACAAAAGGCAGAGUCUCAUUGCAGAAAAAAUAAUCAACGAUGUAAUAUUCGAGGCUGAACUGGGCGGCCUUACACUGCAACAUAGAUGCGUUAACAUGCAGGAAAUGUAUAACGCAAGAAAUCCUAACAUGCAGCAAUGCCAGCCACUUAUACUGCCUUGCCAGUCAGCUUCCAAUUCUACAUCAUAUUCGUCCUCUCCCAGCUUUAUUAGUACCCCUGCUACAAAUCCAAAUUGUCAAUUCCAACAAAACAAUUGUCAAUUCCAACAAACCAACAACAACUGUCUUCUGAUGAUGUAGUGGUUGUACGAUUGAACAAUACAUCUGCUGCUUCUUAUUUUACCAACUUCACAGACGAUCAAGUGGUAAAAGAAUUUUGAAAUCCCCUUAGAUAAGGAAAUUCCACAGAGAAAGAGCUAAAAAUGCUUUUUUUUCUACUUUUGAGGUUAUGUAAACCCGCAAAUUAUUUAAUUCUUAAAAACGUAUACAUGUACAAUGUACAUUUUCAAGAAUAAAAAACCUAAAGUGCACAAAAACCCUGUUUUUGCCAACUCUUAAGAUUAUGUACACCCGCAGACUUUUUUUUUUAAUUCUUGAAAAUGUACAUUCAGGUUCCUAAAGUACAAGUCAUCAUCUGUCAAAUAAUGCCGUUAUUAAUAAUAAUUAUUAAUAUUCCUACUUAAAUAAUUUGUAAUAAAUACGUUUUAACAAAUAAUAAUUUGUCUUUUACUUACUUUCAAGUAUUGUUUGCG